AUGUAUUUUGAACAGAGAACGAUAGCAGGAAAUUUCAAUGAAGGAACGUAUCCUGACAAUUUAUACACCGAUGAAGAUAACUGCGAAGUUAUCAAGAACUACCAUAGAAUGAACAAAAACGCUAAGGAAGUUUUUGAUUCAUUGUUACAGUACAAUAUAGAAAGAUCAGAAAGAUACGCACCUGAAUUCAAAUUGUGGUUAAUUAUCGGUUUGAUCGUUAUUUUAUUUGUCACGUUUUUACCUAUUAACGCUGACAUUUUAGUUUACAGAAAAAUGGUCAAUGAAUUCUGUAAAAUUCUAUUGAAUUUGCCACCUAAACACAAAGAAGAAGCGAAGAAUCCUUUGAUGGACGAUAUCGCCAUAGAUUCUUCUAAUACAGGUGCUGUUGCAAAGAAAGUUGCACAGUACAAAUUGAUUGUUAUUAUAUUAGUAACUUAUAUAUUAAUUUUUCUUUUGUUUGCAAGUUAUAUCGCUCUUUGUGUAACGAUGAUGAAAUCUACGGAAAAUUCAAGUAUGUUGUUGAAGUGGUAUUUCUACUCUGUUGAAAGAAUGGUUUUAGCAAAGCGAAAUAGGUAA